AUGGUGCUGCUCCUUCACAGCCAGAGACAGUACAUCUUUGAGUUUGAUAAGAAUGACCGGUUGUCAUCGGUGACCAUGCCCAACGUUGCCCGUCAGACUUUAGAAACCAUUCGUUCCAUUGGUUACUACAGGAACAUCUACCGACCACCAGAAGGCAACGCCUCAGUAAUUCAGGAUUUCACAGAGGAUGAACAGCUCCUCCACACUUUGUACUUGGGGACAGGGAGACGUGUCAUCUACAAGUAUGGAAAGUUGUCCAAGUUAGCUGAGAUGCUCUACGACACCACAAAGAUCAGUUUCACCUAUGAUGAAACUGCUGGCAUGCUGAAGACAAUAAAUUUGCAGAAUGAAGGGUUCACAUGUACAAUCAGAUACAGACAGAUAGGACCCCUCAUUGAUAGACAGAUUUUCCGCUUCACUGAGGAAGGCAUGGUGAAUGCACGCUUUGACUAUAAUUAUGACAACAGCUUUCGGGUGACCAGCAUGCAAGCGGUCAUCAACGAGACACCUUUACCCAUUGAUCUCUACAGGUACGAUGAUGUGUCAGGCAAAACUGAGCAAUUUGGUAAAUUUGGAGUAAUUUACUACGAUAUUAACCAGAUUAUCACCACUGCUGUCAUGACUCACACUAAACAUUUUGAUGCCUAUGGCAGGAUGAAGGAGGUCCAGUACGAGAUAUUCCGGUCACUGAUGUACUGGAUGACUGUGCAGUAUGACAACAUGGGGAGAGUGGUUAAGAAAGAGUUGAAGGUUGGCCCUUACGCAAACACAACUAGGUACUCAUAUGAGUAUGAUGCUGAUGGGCAGUUACAGACAGUGUCUAUCAAUGACAAACCACUCUGGCGUUACAGCUAUGACCUAAACGGAAACCUCCAUUUGUUGAGUCCGGGGAAUAGUGCCCGCCUUACACCGCUCAGGUACGACCUCAGGGAUAGGAUUACUAGACUGGGGGAUGUGCAGUACAAAAUGGAUGACGAUGGCUUCCUGAAGCAAAGAGGCAAUGAUAUUUUUGAGUACAAUUCAGCUGGCCUGCUCAUCAAAGCCUACAAUAAAGCUAGUGGGUGGAGUGUGAAAUACCGUUAUGAUGGUCUAGGAAGGAGAGUCUCCAGCAAAACCAGCCAUGGCCAUCACUUGCAGUUCUUCUAUGCAGACCUGACCAGCCCAACCAAGGUCACCCAUUUAUACAACCACUCGAGCUCUGAGAUCACCUCCCUCUACUAUGACCUCCAAGGCCACCUCUUUGCAAUGGAGCUCAGCAGCGGCGACGAAUUCUACAUAGCCUGUGAUAAUAUUGGCACUCCUUUGGCUGUCUUCAGUGGGACUGGCUUAAUGAUUAAGCAGAUACUGUACACAGCAUAUGGGGAGAUCUAUAUGGACACGAAUCCCAACUUCCAGAUCAUCAUUGGCUACCACGGAGGACUGUAUGACCCCCUCACAAAGCUUAUCCACAUGGGACGGAGAGACUAUGAUGUGCUAGCGGGUCGGUGGACAAGUCCAGACCAUGACAUGUGGAAGCAUCUGCGUAGCAAUAACAUAAUGCCUUUCAACUUGUAUAUGUUCAAAAACAACAAUCCCAUUAGCAACUCUCAGGAUAUCAAAUGUUACAUGACAGAUGUCAACAGUUGGCUGCUCACCUUCGGAUUCCAGCUACACAACGUCAUCCCUGGCUACCCAAAGCCAGACAUGGAUGCAAUGGAGCCGUCCUAUGAGCUAAUCCACACACAGAUGAAAACUCAAGAAUGGGACAACAGCAAGUCAAUUUUGGGGGUCCAAUGUGAAGUGCAGAAGCAGCUGAAAGCCUUUGUCACUCUUGAGCGCUUUGAACAGAUCUACAGCUCCAGCAUCGCCGGGUGCCAGCAGGUCAAGAAGAACAAGAACUUUGCCUCCGGCGGCUCUAUCUUCGGCAAAGGCGUCAAGUUUGCCAUGAAGGAUGGGCGCGUGGCCACUGACAUUAUCAGUGUGGCCAACGAGGAUGGGCGGAGGAUCGCAGCCAUCCUGAACAACGCCCAUUACCUGGAGAACUUGCACUUCACCAUCGACGGGGUGGACACGCACUAUUUCAUUAAGCAAGGGCCAUCGGAGGGUGACCUGUCCAUCUUGGGCCUCAGCGGCGGGCGGAGGACCCUGGAGAACGGCGUGAAUGUGACGGUGUCCCAGAUCAACACAGUGCUAAGUGGAAGGACUAGACGUUACACGGACAUCCAGCUCCAGCAUGGUGCGCUGUGUCUAAACACUCGCUACGGGACCACCUUGGACGAGGAGAAGUCCCGUGUCCUGGAGCUGGCCCGACAGCGCGCCGUCACCCAAGCUUGGUCCCGGGAACAGCAGAGACUGCGGGAUGGGGAGGAGGGUAUUCGCUCGUGGACAGAAGGGGAGAAGCAACAAUUGCUAAACACGGGCCGGGUGCAGGGCUACGACGGCUAUUUUGUGAUCUCAGUGGAGCAGUACCCCGAACUCUCAGACAGCGCCAACAACAUCCACUUCAUGAGACAGAGCGAGAUGGGCAGAAGGUGACAGAGAGGGUCGAUGCGGUGACUUCUUGCCAAAGACAGCUACUCUUUUGUGGCCACUUACCUGACUGUGUUGUACUCAAUCCUUUUUCUAAACUGAACGAGGCGGGGGGGAGAAAAAUAGAAAGAGAAGGAAUAAUACGGUUGCACUGUAACUCAUGCAACAUACUUCUUUUUUUUCUCUUUUAUUUGGCCUUCACACGUUUUUUGCAAUGAACGGAAGGUAUAUUUUGCCGUAGUGUGAUCACAGUGAAAUUUACUGUCUCUUGUCCUUUUUUUGGGUUCCGCCCCCCCCUCCUUUGUGAGGAAUUUGAAGUGGGGAGUCAUCAACGUACGUCCUUAGGUGUGAAGUGCGAAAUGGGUGUCUGUGCUAACUUGUGUCAUCCUAACCCUUUCUGAUUUGGGGCAGGGACAGAUAGCCUUCCACCCGAAACACGGGGAGCCCACGGCGUGCCAGGGAGCUCUUACGAGAGGAAAGGAGAUGGAAGACAACGCUGAUUGCGAUACUCCGAAAGCGACCGUCCAAAUCAUGUGCCUCAAAAGAGACCUUACUAGUAGUUUUCAUGUUUCACUUGGGACAUAAAGUGUUUUUGAGGGGGCUCCUACUGAGCAGAAGUAGAUUAUAGAGGCAAAGGAGCUGAUUAUAUUAACUUGCAAGAUGAUUCUCUUCCUUCCUGAACUGGAAUAAAAAA